AUGAUUUUCUCUCUUCUGUUACUUUUCGUGCUGAAUGGUGUGUUUGGUGAUGAAGUGAAGUCAGUGUCAGUGAUGGAGGGAGAUUCUGUUACUCUACACACUGAUAUUACUGACAUACAGAGAGAUGAUCACAUACUGUGGAACUUUGGACCUCGAGAGACUCGUAUAGCUGAAAUCUAUAAGAAAAGCAUUGAUAUGUAUAACAGUAAUGAGAUAUUUGGAGACAGACUGAAGCUGGACAGUCAGACUGGAUCUCUCACCAUCACAAACAUCACAAUCACAAACUCUGGACUUUAUAAACUACAGAUCUUCAGAAACAAAGUGACUUCAUACAAGAGAUUCAAUAUUACUGUCUAUGAUGUGCAGUUUCCACUCAUGUCCACAACUGAACUUUAUCACGAGAACACAAAUUUUGUUGUUGAUGGAGAUGAAGUGAAGUCAGUGUCAGUGAUGGAGGGAGAUUCUGUUACUCUACACACUGAUAUUACUCAAAUACAGACAGAUGAUCAGAUAGUUUGGAUGUUUGGACCUCAAGACACUCUUAUAGCUGAAAUCUCUAAGAAAAUCAUUGAUAUGUUUGACAGUAAGGAGAUAUUUGGAGACAGACUGAAGCUGGACAGUCAGACUGGAUCUCUCACCAUCACAAACAUCAAAAUCACAGACUCUGGACUUUAUAAACUACAUAUCUUCAGUAACAGAGGAAAUUCAUACAAGAGAUUUAAAGUUACUGUCUAUGGUGAGUUUAAUAUCAUUCAGAAACAGUCAUUCUGCAGACAUUAA